GGAGCGCAUGGUGCAGUGCGUCAAGAGAGUACUGCGUCAUACCCUGAAGGAAGUUGCACCGAGGGACCAUGUAUUGGAGAGUUUCCUGAUUGAGGCGGAGAAUAUUGUAAACUCGCGUCCGCUCACCCACUUGCCUGUGGAUGCGGACCAGGAGGCGCCGUUGACGCCAAACGAUCUACUCAAGGGAGUAGCCAAUCUGCCGGAUACGCCUGGAUUGGAUGCGGAGCUGCCCAAGGAGGGUUCUACGAGAAAGCAGUGGAGGAUUGCUCGCCUGCUACGAGACCGUUUCUGGAGGAGGUGGGUCCUGGAGUACCUGCCUACGCUUGUGCGCCGCGAGAAGUGGUGCCGCCGAACGGAGCCCAUCCACCAGGGUGAUAUGGUCUUCGUCUGCGAUCCUGCCUUGGCCCGACGAGAGUGGCGCAAGGGCAUCGUGGAGGAGAUCUACAGCGGAGCCGAUGGAGUCGUCAGACGCGCUAAGGUGCGCGUGAACGACAACGGCCUACCUAGGACAAUGAUGCGACCCGUCUCUAAACUUGCAGUUUUGGAUUUGAGUGAAGCGGUUCUUCACGGGGUCGGGGAUGUCGCGGAUCGUAUAUUGUUAUCGAUAGGCUAGUAUUUUUGAGAAGUCCGAAUGUGGAAGGAUUUGUAAGCCCAUAUGUGUCUGGGCACAUUGUUUUUCGCCAUUGUAAGUUGCCGGGAAAAUUUAGCUUUUCAUUGUCGUGUAAGAGUUGGAGGACACACUGCGAAUAAAACGCUUUCUACUACCACGGAUUAGUCUGCCCUUUCUUUCGGGAACCAAUGCGUGGGGUAGCCGUUUAAGGCAACUCCUUGACGCACGACGACAAUUAGUAGAGAAAAAACUUAAGCUAAAAUGUUUACAAGAAUGUGCUGUGUUCUCAUUGUCCGAAAUGCUGCUGCGGCAGUUCUAGUUUUGUUUACCAGAACUGUCGCAAUCGACAUCCUGUCCACUGCUACGUCAGCAUUGACGUAGAAUGCAGUGUCCCCCAUGUGGCUUAGCCAGCUCUCUCGUCAUGCCGAGGGGCAAUCUAACUACAGACGGGAAGAACACGACGGGCU